AUGGCAGCGGCGGCGGCGGCGGCGGCUGUAGCGAACCGUAGGUCAGCUGCCGCCGCCGCCUGGGCCGUGUUCGCCGCCGCCUCAUCGUCCUCAUCUCACAUCCCACAGGGUCGGCGUCACCAGCGGACCCUGCUGGGCGCAGCCACCUCCUCCGCUGCGCCUACUGGCAUCGCUGCCACACGAGCUGUUGCGGACACCUGGGCUCGGAACGGUGGCGACAUCGGUAGCCCCAAGGGCUAUGGCGGCGGCGGUGGCGGCGGCGAGAACGGGGUCGUCGUCGUCGGCGGCGGCGCUGUUGAAUUGCCGCCAAACAUGGGGUUUCCCACUACUGCGUCGGCCGCUGCAACGGCAGACUUUAGCGACGGUGGCGCCGCCGACCCAGCGGCAGUUCACGCCGCCUCCAUCCUCUUGGGCCGGCUGUUCUGGACGGUUCUGUCGUUCAAGUACAGCUUCACGCACAGCGGGCCAGGCGCUGGUCCUGCCGCCGUCACGGCACUAAGUGACGGGCGGAGUGGCAGGGGCGCGGCUGGCGGGGGCAGCGCUCUGGAAACUGUUGACAUCGCCUCCACCCACCCCCACUCUCCGAUGGCCUCCCCUGCGGUCAUGGGACUGGUGGACGUUUGGAUUAUCGCGGGGCAAUCAAACGCCGUAGGCGAUAAUUCGGCGGACGGGACACCUGUGCCGGCUGCUUCGAAGCCGCUGCCGGGCUUAGUGUUGUCGUACGAUUGUACGGGCACAUGGCGAGACGCGACACCCAACAUACAUGCGGGCAUCCAGGGGUACACCAGGGAGCCCAGCUGCGGCCCCGCCAUCUCCUUCGGCCGCACCCUCGUCUCCUUGGGGCUCAGUGGCCGGGUGGGCCUUGUGCCCGCAGCCAAGGGCGCGACCAACCUCUUCCACGAUUGGAAACCCACAGGCGGCGGGGAGCUGUACGGCACCAUGAUUGCCCGUACGAAAGCGGCGCUGAUGUCGACGCCGCCCGGCGGCGGCACGUGUCGGCUUCGCGGCUUGAUCUGGAUACAGGGUGAGGCUGAUGCGGAGGAGCGGGUGGGCCCGGGGCCGUCAGAAGCGUACGGCGCAAAUUUUACGGCAUUCGUACAGGCAGUACGGCGUGAUCUCGCCAGCUAUCACGCGCAGCUUCCCAUCGUCAUGGGCGUCAUGGCAUUGCGCAAACGCGAAUGCUUUCCGUACCUGGCUACCGUACGUCGGGCCCAGCAAAGCGUCCCCUUGCCUGGGCUGCUGCGCAUCGAUUUGGCCGGGUACGAAUUUUUCGAGGAGUACGGCGGGUACCACGUGCACCUGACUAAGGACGGCGUGACGGCGCUGGGCGCCGCCAUGGCUCACACAUAUUACUCGGCUGUCGUACGAGCGGGGCUGCCACGUCGGCCUGGGGACUCGGUGGCGGCAGCAGCGGUGACGAUGUGUGCGCUAGGACCGGGACCGGGCUCGUUCAGAGAUGGGAGCGGCCCCGCCAACGCGGCGCCGUCGCCAAUUUCCGCCAGUGAGGCCGCUGCCGCUGCCGCUGCCGCUGCACAUUCCCUGCCUAUCGCAGCGGCGGCGGCAACGGCCCCGGCCGUGAUGGCAGGGGUUUCGGAGGGGGCAUCACAGGGUUGCGGAGGCGGGCAGGAGGAGGCGAAGGCAGAGGCAGAGGGCCGGCAGUGCGAUGAGGGGCCGCGGUUGGGGUCGCCCCCGGGGGCCCCACCUUGGGGAGCUCCAGCGGUACCAGAAGCAGUAGCGGUAACCGCCGUGGAGGGUCGCCGGGAGGAGAAACCGAACGAGGAGGAGGACGAGGAAGAGGAUGAGAUGGCAGAGGCAGAUGGGAUGGCAUGUGCGCCGGCCGCUGCUGCAGUGGUGGCAGCAGGGCUUUGA